AUGGCCGUGAUCACGGAGGUGGAGAGUGACGACGAGCUGCCACCACUCGUUGGGAGUGGCUCACAGGCGACGACAGCAUCGCACACAGCAUCGCCGCCAAAGCAGGACAAAGCUCCGUCCUUUUCCAAGGAAGCGCAGAAGGCUCAGGAGGAGGACGACGAUGACGAGCUGCCGCCUUUGAUCAGCAGUGCAGCGCCGUCGCAAAAGGUGGAACCUCCUCCUCGGAAAGAGGAGGUGCCGGCAGCGAAGCCGGCGAAGACCGCCGAAACAACUGCAGAUUACAAAGUGGCGAGAGCGCCGAGGGAAGAGGUCAGCCAAAAGCCGCCUUCCAGUCCUCCUGGCAGAGGCCCGACUGGACUCGGAAGUGGCGCACCUUCCAUUCCGGCACCGAAGGUAGACAUUGCCAAAGCCACUUCGACACCGGCAGACCCUGCGCCCGCUGAGCUGUCGGUUGAUCGAAUUGCGGACAAAGAUGACUUGGACGAUGCUCUCGACAUCUUGGAAGACGGCCACUUUGAGGAGGCUGAGCUGUUGGCUGGAGAGGUUCAGCGGCAGGCAGCAAAGGAAGAGAAGGCAGAGAGAGAAGCGGAUGCUCUCCGGGUGGUCACCAAGGCACGGAUCAAAGCAGCAGAGGAAAAGGGCUUCGAUGGAUUGCCAGACAUUGAGGUCCUCGAACAGGCGCUGCAGGCUGCAAACAGCGAAAUCUUCACUUUUGAAAAGCACGGCGAAAUCGUCGCGAAGGCCAUCAUGCAGCUGGCUUCGGCAGAGAUCUAUUUGGCAAUGGACAGCCACGCGCAAGCGCUGCAGGUUGCGCAGCAAGCCCUGUCGAUGAUGCAGCAGGCGGGUGCCUCGAACGUCCGAAUGGUCAUGGCUUACCGGUCACUGGCAGAUGUCUACUUUGCCCAAGGUCGCUUCAGUCUGGUCGCAGCGAUGGCCCGCGAAGCCCGGGCUUUUUCGAGUCCGACGCCUGCCCACAUGGCCGAAGCUGCCGGCUCAAUGAUCCAGUGCAGACAGUGGCCGACAGAGUGGCCCAGGCGGCUUCUCUCUUUGCCAUCAGAGCUUCUGCGCCACGUCGCCGAGUGGUGGUGCGAUUUACCUCCACAGACGCAGCCUGCAUUGAGCCGGACAUUGCUGCUGCUUGCCUUCCUGGUUCACGCCUAUCUGUGGCAAGGAGGCCUGAGUGCUUUCUGGCACGACCUGACCGGAAGCUCCGGGGAAGUGGCCCUGGAGGAUAGAGAGGGUGGCCUGCAUGAGUUUCCCGAGCACCUCGCAUCGAGAAUGUCACGUGAGGCCAACGUGCAUCCAGCAGUCUUGAUGCCGUUCCUGCUCUCUUUUAACAUGUCGGGUGAGCCUAACAGCAUUCCUGAAGCCACUGCAUCGAUUCUGCACUGGCUGAGACGGAUGCAGACUUUCCUCCUACUGUCCUGGCUGAUAGCCAUCAUACUUCUACUUUGUGUGCAUGUUCGUGGAGAGCAAGCAAGCCGCCCGCUUCGAGUCAUGGCAUCUGUUUCUACCAUGAAGGCAGCAAUCCUCAACUUCUACUUCCAGGGCUACUCCGCCCGCUUGACAGAUCCGCUGGUGUCUGCUUGGGCCAUGCUGGUCAUCGCGUUCGCACAGCUGGCAGAUGGGGGCCGCGCCUCCGAGGGCUCCAGCUGGGCUGGUCGUUGGAGCAAAAAGCUGCUGUUGGCAGUGCUCUGCUUAUCGUACUUCCUCGGUGGGUGCUACAAGUUGAGCGCUGCCGGGUUCAGUUGGAUGGACGGAAGUGUCUUGGAGUAUUAUGCGAGUCUUUACAUGAGUGAGCAAGCGUGGAGCAGGCAGCUCUUUUCAGUACUGUGUCGAGUCCAUGCAUGGCCGGUACUUUGCACUUGCGGUCUCCUUUUUGAACUGACUUGCCCUCUUGCUCUGUUCCUCCCGUCACUUCGAGCGCCAAUGAUUUGUACGGCGGUGAGCUUUCACUUGGGGAAUUUGUUCUUGAUCACACUCAACGGAGACCGCUUCCUGACUUGGAUCUGGAUGUUGCUCUUUGUGCUUGACUUCCCUGCGACACUGUUCAACAGGGCGGUGGAGUCACCUGUCCUUUCCUCCUCUGAGGAUGUGUUCCUCCUAGAAUCGCCCGACCUCAAAAAAGCGGACCUUUCUGCCGGACUUCGCCGAACGCAUCUGCAGACUGUUUAUGGGCUUCUUGCUGCUGUGGUGGUGGCAACCUGGCUCGCUGUUGGCCUUGCGCGAUCUGCAAGCCUCCGGCACACCAAUUGGCCUUUUGUCGGCCCCGACAUGUUCUCCCGGGUUGGCAGCUGGUCAUCACCAUCACCUUUUCGUGACGUCCUCCUGGACCAGAUCCGGACGAGGCCCCUGCGCCGAAGCCAACCCAGCCUGGGGCAGCGCUUGGCGGCACGGCAAAAGGCACGUGAGCUUUCGGCUGCCCUCCUGGCUUGUGCAAAGGCUCGUAAUGCUGCGACCGAGGGUGCCCAAGCUGUUCAGCCUGCACAAGAGGCAUGUAAGCUGCGUGAACGAAUGGGCGAUCCCAAAGGAGCGGCCCUUGCUGCCUGUGAAGAGGCCAAGGCCUAUCACAGCAUGAAAGCUCAGGCGGCAACCCGAAAGGCAGCACUCAAUGCCGUGGCGUUGGCGAAGGAAGCUUGUGACAGCAAGACGGAGGCUCUCGCCUGGCAUUGUGCCUGUUUGGCUCACGCUGCAGCAGGGCAGAAGCUUGAUGCUAUCAAGGCUGGGAGGCAAGCAUUGACUCUGGCGCGGGAGGUCCGGGAUGUGGAGGUCAUUGGCACUGCCCUUCAGGCUUUGAUGCAGGCCAACGGUGAAGAGGAGAAAGCUGCUUCCAUUGCGGAGGAGGAGCUGAUGAUGGCAAAGAAAGUUGGAGACCGACGUCGUGAGGCUUAUGCGCAACUGAAGAUGGCGCAGGCCAUGAUCUCUCAAGAUCGGCCUCGGGACGCCCUCCGGAGAGCUACCGAAGCUGCCGAGAGGUUGAAGGAGAUGGGCGACCUGAAGGGUGAAGCGAAGGCAACACAGCUUCUUGUCGAGCUUCAGUGCCAGGCCAGACGCGCAAUGGAGGCAUCACGCACCGCAAAAGAGGCGCAGCGUCUCUUCAAGGAAGCUGGUGACAUGAAGGGCUGCGUGGGCGUCCUGCAGAUCCUCACCAGCCUCCAUCUGGAGGCCGGGGACCCUCAUGCUGCAAUUCAGGCAGCCCGUGACCAGGUCAAGCUCUUCAGGGAGGCAGGAUUCAAGGAAGAGGAGGCCUCAGCAACGCUGGGUCUCGCAGAGAUGACGCAGCAGACCAUGGGACCACGGGACGCCUUGCGCCUCGCCAAAGAUGCAGCCUCUAUGUUCAGUACUGCGGGUGAUCUUGCUGGACAAGCACGUGCUCUUGCUCAAGUGGCGCAAAUGCACUUGGGACUCAAAGCCAACACCAACGCCAUGCAGGCGGCGAAACAAGCCGAGGAACUGGCCCGGAAGUCUGGGGAUGAAAAGGUGCUCAUCUCUGCGCUGCAGGCAGUGGGCGAGGCCUAUUCCUCCGCCGACAGGUUCAAUGAGGGCAUCGAUGCCGCCAAGGAGGCGUUACAGAUGGUCGAGAAGGCUCCGGUAAAGGAAGAUACGGCUCGUGCAGCCGCUCUAGCUUGCAUGGCAAAUGUGCAGCUGCAAGUCGCCCACUACGACGUGAACAACCCUGGAGCGCGGAGUCGACCGCGCGGGCUAAAGGAAGCCAUGAAGGCUGCCGAGGAAGCAUUGGCUUUGCAUCGGAAACUUGGCGACCGAAACGGCGAGAUCACUGGCAUCCAGCGCAUUUUCCAUGCUCACCUCCUCAGCCAAGAUGGUCCGAACUCGCUUCGAUAUGCCAGAGAGUACAUGGAGCUCGCGCAGUCAACCGAGCAGAAGGAAAACCUGGGCAGUGCCUUGGUGUCCUUGUGUCAGGGCCAUUUUCUUUGCCGAAAUUGGGACGAAGCAGAGAGGGCAAACUUGGAAGCCCGAGCAAUCUUUGAGAAGUCCCGCAUGCACGAAAAUAUCGAGGUGUGCGAUCAGAUCAUGCGGGAGAUGAAGCAAGAGAUGGAACGAGAUAGGCGCCCGUCGCAACCCAUGGGCCGAGCAAAUGCAGCCCAAGGGGCUGGACAAGGCUACAACUCUUUGCUGCCGGAGAGGCAGGCAUCCCGUGCCCAGCAAGACGGAGUUCCAUCGGGCGGCUUCCGCGGAGUCCCGGCAGGUGGUUUUGGCAGCAGCGAGUCUACACAGGUCAGCCAAGCCCAAGCAUCCCAAGCAGCCACGCGAAGUGCCGCCAGCGAGAAGAUGGCCAAAGGCUUCUCCGAUGGGCUUCGUGGUGCCUUCAGCAAGAGUCAAGGCAGUCAAGGCUCAAGUGCCAGUGACAUGGCCAGGACUCCAAACGGCACCUCGGGGUACAGCAACAGCAGCAACAGCUACACUGCGACAAGCAAUGGCCUUGGAGGCCACUCGGCCCCAAGUGCCAGCAGCGGCAGCAGAAGUGCCGGCUUUGGUGGGCGAUCGUCUGGUUAUGGUGAGUCCAGCGGCUCACGCUACAGCGGCAUGGGAGGUAGCAACUCUGGAUAUGGAGGCGCCAGAGGUGUCCCUGCCGGUGGCUUCGGCAAGUCCGGAGUGCCAGCAGGUGGUUUUGGCGCGAAUCAAGGUGUGCCGGCAGCGGGAAGACCGGGUGUGCAGGCUGGUGGUUUUGGCGGGGCAGCGAGUGCCGCGAAUCAGCCUCGGCCCGGCCGCUCGGCCUUUGCCGGUUUUGCUGGGCAGCGAGGCCUUGGCCGAGGAGAAGAGUAA